AUGAAGGGAGGAACAAUACAGAUAAGUUGGCACGACGGGAAGCCAGUGCUAACCCUAGAUUUCCACCCGAUUUCCGGUUUACUCGCCACCGCCGGAGCCGAUUACGACAUCAAGCUAUGGUUGAUAAACUCUGGUCAAGCGGAGAAGAAGAUUCCCAGUGUAUCUUAUCAGAGUAGCCUUAGUUAUCAUGGAUGUGCUGUAAAUACCAUUCGUUUUUCUCGAUCUGGGGAACUACUUGCCUCAGGAGCAGACGGAGGCGAGCUUAUCAUAUGGAAGUUGCAUCCUAGUGAAACCAAUCAGUCCUGGAAAGUUCUCAAGUCAUUAUCAUUUCAUCGAAAGGAUGUCCUGGAUCUUCAGUGGUCUCCUGAUGAUGCUUAUCUGAUUUCUGGCUCAGUGGACAACUCUUGCAUUAUAUGGGAUGUUAACAAAGGUUCUGUCCAUCAGAUUCUGGAUGCACACUGUCAUUAUGUUCAAGGUGUUGCCUGGGAUCCCUUAGCAAAAUACGUAGCCUCUCUUAGUUCAGACAGAACAUGCCGGAUAUACGUCAAUAAGCCUCAAACAAAGAGUAAAAGUGGUGAAAAAAUGAAUUAUGUUUGUCAGCAUGUUAUCACGAAAGCAGAUCAGCAACGGGGAGAUGACACUAAGACAGUAAAAACCCAUCUCUUUCACGAUGAGACAUUGCCGUCUUUCUUCCGAAGAUUGUCAUGGUCACCUGAUGGAUCGUUUUUACUCAUUCCAGCAGGCUCUUUCAAGAUUUCACCUACAUCUGAAGCUGUAAAUGCUACCUAUGUCUUUUCUAGGAACGACCUUUCAAGACCUGCACUACAGCUUCCAGGUGCCAGCAAACCAGUUGUAGUGGUUCGGUUUUGCCCCGUUGCAUUCAAACUCCGGGGUUCAAAUUCUGAAGAAGGUUUCUUCAAGCUUCCUUACCGUCUUGUCUUUGCCAUUGCAACUUUAAAUUCGGUGUACAUAUAUGACACGGAGUGUGUCGCUCCAAUUGCAGUCUUAGCAGGUCUCCACUACGCUGCAGUAACCGAUAUAACAUGGUCACCUGAUGCCACGUAUUUGGCACUGUCCUCACAAGAUGGCUAUUGCACACUAGUUGAAUUUGAAGAUAACGAACUAGGAGAAUCUGUCUCCAUUUCAGUUGGAAAGAAACCCGUGGAUGGUGAGGAGAAAAAGCAUGUUUUAGAGAAAACCGAUGAGCUGAUGACCGAAACAAUACCAGACGAGAGCAAUAAACAGUCUGAAUCAGAACAAAACGAAGAGAAAACAGAGCCAUCGCCGAGUAAAAUCACCACAGAUGGUGAGGAGAAAGAGCAGGCGAUGCCGAAAAUCGAUGAAGUGAUGACUGAAACAGGACCACAGGAAGAGAAACAGCCAUUGCAGAGGAAACUUAGCACACCUGUCUCAAAUAAACCGGCGAGAAAGCGCAUCACACCGAUGGCUAUUGACCCCUAA